AUGUCUCUCAUUUGUAGAACACUUGCAUUAAAAUCUCUCUCAAAUAAAUCGAUAACAUCAUUCCUUCGCUUAACCGCUCCGACAACUCUUACUACUAAUUCUCACCAAUUUUCAAUUAGACACUAUGUUAUAGAAAGUACGGAUCGUGUAACUUCUACUAAAGAAAAUUCGCGUCAUGUAACCAAUAAUGCCUUUACUAAAGAACAUGUGACUAAUGACUUUCCUACUAUUCCUAAGGGGAAAGUUGCAUUUUGUUUAGCAGAAAUAGAUAAAUCGGAGCUAAAAGUGUCAAGACCUACAAAAUGGAGAAAAGUACGCAAAAGAAUUUAUGUAGAGAAUAGAAAAAGGUCAUUUAUUAAGAAGAAUAUAGUUGAUCAGGUUAACAUUGAAGCAUUGGAAGAUUUCAAUGAAUGGCUUAGAAAGCUUCGAUUUAAAAAAUGGGCUUGGGUAUUUGAAGGAAUGAAAUGGCAGGAUAUUAUUCAAUUAAAUGAUACGCAAUUAAUGGAAAAGGGUCUUACUACUUUUAUCGUUAGAACUGAAUUACUUUACUAUUUUAAUGUUAUUAAAACUGCCCAGGCUAAUGAAAGAUCCAAUAUUAAGACUGAUUCAUCACAAUCAUGA